ACAAGCUGCCCAGCCCAGCCCUGGAAACUGCUUCCAGUGUGGUAGGGAGAGCGCUGGAGCCAGCAGGGUCGGUCCUGGAUUCAAAUUCUAUCCGGGCCCCUUCCUAGCUGGCUGACCCAGGCUCACAGGGGCCUCCCCUGGCUCUGGGCAGAGGGAAGAUGCCGGCGGUCCACGUGGAAGACCUGUCGGAGAAGGACAAGCUGAGGAUGGAGGUGGCGCAGCUGCGGAAGGAGGUGAAGCUGCAGAGGCAGCAGGUUUCGAAGUGUUCCGAGGAGAUCAAGCAGUACAUCGAGGCACACUGUGGCGAAGACCCGCUGGUGAAGGGCAUCCCGGAGGAUAAAAAUCCCUACAAGGAGAAGGCAGGCUGCACAAUCUCCUGAGCGGCUGUCGGGGCUGCCAGCCCAGGCCAGGGCGGCUCUGCUCAGACUUGGGACUCUCCAGAUCACUCUGCCCCUGGCAGCUCCACAGGCAGACCCUGGCCCCUGGGCUGCAGGAACCAGGCUCCCCUUUCUUUUCCUUCAAUAAAGCUCUUCCUCCCUUUU